AAAACUACAGGUGAAAUUUUUUCAAAUAUUUUUCUGUUUAUGAUUUAUCGUUUAAAUAAAAACCAAUCAGACGUCAGCUAACUUCAGUUUCAUCAGUAUCAUUUCUGACUUGUAUUUUUAAAUAAAGCGAGAGGUUAUACACAAAAUAAAUAAAUUUAUAUAUUAUUUGAAAUAUAUAUAUUAUUAAUUAAUAAUUAAUAACUAAUAAUAAUAAUUAAACAAAUGGAUCGAUGGGUGCAUGAUAAUCUGUCAUUAUUGUUAGACUUCCCAGUACCUGAAGAUUUAACUCAGUACAUACUUCAGAUCCAUAAUGAAAGAGAUUUAGAUGAUUACUUGCAAACUUUACUAGAUUUUUCUAAUCCAAAACAUCGUAAUUUUGUCCUUGAGUUAAAACGAAAGCGGGGAGCAGAAAAUCAUCUGACAGGUUACAAAAAAAUUGAUGACAAUUUUUCAAAUCCCAAUGGACAGCCGCAGAAACAGAAUGAUAGAAAGAAAAAUAAAACUAAAGACAAGGAAGAAAAAGAAAUUUCGAGUGAAAAGAACGUGAAGAAAAAGUCUAAAUUCGUGAGCAUUUUUUCCGAUGAUGGGAAAGAUAAAUUUACCAUUAUGUUGAAAAACAGACACAAGUGCGAUUGCGAAGCGAAAUCUCAUUCUUUGAUAAACAAUUGUUUGAAUUGCGGAAGAAUUGUUUGCGCACAAGAGGGUUCCGGUCCCUGUUUUUACUGCAAUGAAUUGGUUUGCACUCCAGAUCAACAAUCGAUUCUUGCGAUGCAAACAAAACAUUCAGAUCAGUUGUAUAAUAAAUUGAUGGACCAGAAAAUAACAAAAGAUCAAAUGCAGCAGCAAGCGGCUCUGCAGCAGAGAGAUAAGCUCGUUGAGUUUGAUCGCAACAGUGUGAAACGUACUCAAGUUAUCGAUGAUCAGUCUGAUUAUUACCAGUCAAGUGACAGUGUCUGGUUGUCAAACAAAGAACGCGCUGAAAUUCAAAAACAUCAAGAAGAACUACGGAAUCUUAAACACGCGUCGCGUUUUAGUAAAAAAGUAACUCUCGAUUUAUACGGCCGUCAAAUUAUUGAAGAGCCUGAAGAUUAUGAUAUUUUAUCUCUGCCCAAUCAAGAGUAUGCAGAAAAUAAAAACGACAUUUGCCCUGAUUUCGAAUUCGAUCUUCCUCAAUACAUGGAAACCAAUAACAAAUUCAAAAGUUCAUCAGUUAAUCCAAAUGUCUCGGCUACUAUUCGUCGUAUUCAGGACAAAGAACUCCUGGAUAUGGUUGACGAAGGAUACUGUCUUUCGAUGCAUCAACCGUACGCUUCUCUUCUAGUCGCUGGCAUCAAAAGUCAUGAAGGCAGGACCUGGUACUCAGCCCACCGCGGACGCUUAUGGAUUCAUGCAGCAGCCAAAGCUGUUUCUAAAGAAGAAAUAACUAGCCUAGAAAAUCACUACCGUCAUCUCAGUGAGAAUUUAAAAUUUCCCAAGUCGUAUCCUACUGGUUGUCUGCUAGGCUGCGUUACAGUCGUCGACGUUUUAGCCCAAGAUGAAUACCGUAAAAUUUAUCCCGAUGGUGAUUCAGACAGCCCCUAUGUGUUUAUUUGUCAAGACACUCAUGAAUUGUCGCUCAAAUUUCCAAUGCAAGGAAAGAAUAAAAUAUAUAAGCUGGAUAAACAAAUUCAUAAAGCUGCGUUAAAACAUCUUACAUAAUAUUAAUAAAUAAUUUUUUUUGUUCAAAAUA